AUUAUCCCCUCCCCGCAAUCAGUAUCACUAUUAACCUUGUUUAACUUUUAUUACUUUGUUCACUUUUUCUUCACAGAUUUUAUAAUCUCUAUAAAAUAUAGAAUCUCUUUAAAAAUAAAUAAUCUUUAUAAAAUAUAAUCCCCAUGUUUGUCUUCCUCACUUUCCCAUACCCAUAAAACACAAGAAUGUAGACUACAUAGACAGCUUCAGCAUAGGAUAACUUGUUACGGUCUUAUUACAGCUGUAGUGAUUUGUUAGACUUAUAUUUGUUAUUUUUUUAAAAGAAAAUAAAUGAUAAAAUAUAUAGUUUUAUUUUGAAGAUGUGUUUGGAAAGUUGGGAUAGGCAAUUUUUAUUUACUCUUAGUUUAAAAUUGGUUUUUAUGGAAGUAUAUAUAUAUGUUCGCUGUUGAUGCUUUCUAAAUUUCAUUUGUUUUGCAUGCUAUUCAUACCUGAAACACUUAGAAAAUAAUAAACAUGUUGGUUUAAUUAAUGUUCUGUCAGUAUAACUAAAUUUCACUGCAGUAUAAUUUUCUGAGAGUUCAGAUGAAACAGAAAGGUUUUAAGGUGGGAAAUAUCUUUGGAUUUAGAUUAAAUUUUAUUCUCAGUGUUAGUACUAAUAGCUUUUAAAAUUGUAUUCUGAAUCUCUGCCAUUCAUAAUUAGCAUAUGCUGUUCUCUCUGCCUGGAAUGUUCUCUGCAUAUUUAGAAUUCAGCUCACACAUCACCUGCUUAGCCUUUCUUGGCCUCCUGAGUUUCACCUUCCUCUGAUACAUAGGUGCUAUUUGUAGCCCUUCAGCAUGACACUUUCACAUUUUGUUGCGAUGUUUACAUGUUGUGUUUGUUUAUAUGUGUAUAUUCUGUGUGGGAUUGUAAAUUCCUUGAAUUUGAGACUGGAAUUUGUUUCUCUGGUACCUAAAAUAAUGCUUUGUAGUAGGUGUUCAAUAAAUGUGUGAAUAAGUGAUCAAUUUUAAAUUAAGCAGAUUAUCCAGUUCUCUGAUUUGGCUGGAAACAUUUUAUUUGUCUAUAAACAUGAGAUGUGACUCCGAACCCAGAAACAAUUUCUGAUUUCAGCAUAUAUGUGUUCACAAAUUAUUAUUAUUAGUUUAAUUGGAUUUACAUGUAUGAUUAGCCAUUUAAAAUAAACCCUAGGUAGGCUUGUUAUGUUUUAAUUAUUAUAUUUAUAAUGCCAAAUAAAUGUUAGAAAGCAUUUAAAUAAAAUUUCAAUGUAUGAACUAGGAAUUUGUUCAAAUCAGGCAGUCUGUAUAGUUAACAAAGAUACUGAAUCAGCCCUUAAAUUUUCCCUUCAAUUAUAUCUGAGUAUAUUUGUUUAUCCAUAUUACUAAGUAUCACAAGACAUUGUAUUUAAGAUUAGUGUUCUUUUUUUAAAAAAACAAACAAACCUUAUUUUGGAAUAAUUUUAGAUUUACAGACAAGUUGCCUAUAGGGUACAGAGAAUUCCUGCAUACCCUUCACCCAGUUUUCCUGAUUGUUAGCAGAUUUGUUAACAUGGACUACACCUAACAACAGCAGCAAAACAUCUGGCAUAACUUUAGUUCCUUUAUAAAAAAAUAAGGUUAACGUUAGUACGUCACGAUUAACUAAACUCCAGACUUUAUUUUCAUUCCACCAGUUUUUCCACUAAUGCCUUUUUCUGUUCCAGGGUCCAAUCCAGAACACCAUGUUGCAUUUAGUAGAUUAGUGUUAACUGAGUUGAUAUUUCUAUGAUUGAUGGAACAUUUGUUUUCCAGUUUAGGGUAGAGAGUUUUUAUUAUUUUACUUUUGACCUUGAGCACUGUUGAAAAAAAAAAUACUUUGUACCUUUCAAUAAAUGUUACUUUCAGGAUAGUCUCCGAUGGCUGUAUAGUAUCAUUUGUGGCAUUCUUCUUUGGAAUUUCCCCCAGAGCCAGUUAGAACCACAUAUAAAAAAUCAGUCUUAUUAAUUUACGACAAUUUCUCUUAGAGUCUGUCCUACAAGGACUAGUCUUGUGAUGUAUCUUUUGGAAAUCAUUUUUGGACCCAUAAAUUUGGGAUGCUUUAUACUCUAUCCAGUCUCACUGGCCCUGUUAAAGGUGUUUGACACAAUGGCAGCUGCUUAGUAAACUUUUGUUGACUAAAUAAAAGUUAAAAAAAAAAUGUAACUUUGUUAAUUAAAUACCCAGUCUUUCUACAUGUUUCAUAACCAUGGAAGGCUAUUUCCUGAUAAUGCCUAUUUAAAUCAAGGGGAGCACCUUUAACACCAGUUUUGACUAAAAAGCAGUACGGGAAUAUUUGAUUCACCCAUUUGGUUUUCGUUAAUAGCAGUAUUAUUGAAAAAAAAUCAUUUACUUAGGUAACUGCUUAGAAUGGGCUGGUCUUCACUGCUUUGUGAUCUCAAUCUGUGUGAUUGUAACUUCUGACUGUUCUCAAUGUCCUCGCCACUUGAAAACACAGUGAGUAAUUGGUGUAACUGAAAGACGCCUCAGGUGAAGUUUGUAUAAUUUACCAGUCUCGUGUUGCUAUGGGAAUGUGUGCAUUUUCAUUAGAUUCAGGAUACCAUUUUUAUAAGAAAAGGUAAUCAUUUGUUCUUUUUGAUUCAUCUGGAAAAAAAUAGGUUACUACUUGGGAUAUAACACUGAAUUGGAGGUAGUUUUGGCUGGCAUUAAGUUUUAGAUGCCAGCACAUUCAGAUAAAUUAAGUCAUUGGUAGUUCUGUCUACAUAAUUUUGUGAUCAUUUAGUAAAAAAAUUUUUGGUAAACUUUCUGAAUUACUACAAUUUACUAGUUUUCUUUGGAACCUGAAAGCAUUAGUGGAAAUACUAAAAGAAAGAAAGACAGCAAAAGACAAACCCGCAAAACCCAAAACAGUCGCCAUUGAGUAGAUUCAGUGUGUGGAAGUAUUGGUGAUGUAUAAUGGAGCCUUUUCUAGGUGUUCAGAUCAGAUGUCUGUAAGGAAUUAAAUCGUAAAGGAACUGUUCCUGACUCUUCAUCAGCAUUGCUAAUUGUAAUUUGCUGUUAAUGUUACUAUUAGGGAAUGCAUGCAAAAUAAUCAGCAAGUGAAUAAAACAGUUAACAUUUUAUUUCAAGGUUUAUUAGUAUUUCAAUGUACCUUAAUUGUCAAACUUGAGGAGGGGUACUGAAGCUCUUCUGAUAUAUUCAGAAGGGAGAUUAACUGUUGUGGGAGUGAGGAAAUUUUCUUUUUUGUUUUUUAAUUGAGGUAAAAUAAAUUGCAUUCAUUUAGUAAGAGCAGUUUGAUGAAUUUUGGCAGAUACAUGCACCCAUGAAACCACCACCACAGUCAAGAUUUAGAACAUUUCCAUCAUCCCCAUAUUGUUCUCCUGCCUCUUGCAGUUCAUCCCUCUCUUAUCCCUGACUCAAGGCAACCACUGAUAAUGUGGAAAAUUGCUUUUAAAGAAGAGUCUCUAAUGAGUCAAAUCUUUCCAGCUCCUUAGUGCAGUAUAAAAGGGUAAUAAUUAUGGGCAUGGGCUGGGGAGCCUGAAACCUAUGUUUGAAUCUUGGAUCUGUUUUGUAAACUUGGGAAAGGUACUUAAACUCUUUUAAGUAUAUUUUCUUCUUUGCAAAGCAAGUAUAUUAACAGACUAUUAUUGGGGACUAAAUGAUACAAAAGGAGCUCUGGUGGUGUAGUGGUUAAGCCUUCGGCGGCUAACUGAAAGGUCCGAGGUUUGAACCCACCAGCCACUCCGUGGGAGAAAGAUAUGGCAGUCUGCUUUGGUAAAGAUUUACAGCCCUGGAAACCCCUUGGGGCAGUUUGACUCUGUCCUUUAGGGUCACUAUGAGUCAGAAUGGAUUAGACGGCAAUGAGUUUUUUUGGGUGGGUUUUACAGGAUAUAAAUAUAAGUAAAAUACUUAUAAGCACAGUACCGGAAUAUAAUAUAUAUUCAAUAAUCGGUAGAGUAUCUUUGAACUUCCCCUUCCCCCAUUUUUAAAAGGGAAAGAAUUCAAGGCCAAUUUCUUUGAGAAAAUUUUGGUAGAUAAAUGAGCAUUAAUAUUGUUUUCCAUUUUAGCAUCACUGGUAACUGUUAUAGUUUUAAAAAUGUGCUUGUGUAUUUUGUUGUUGUUCUGAUUUGUUGAGUUUCAUAAGCUUCUUUCCAUUUUCUUCCUGUACCCCUACAAAAAUCUUUUCUGUCGCUAGAUAAUAUUUUUCUUUUAAAUAAUUUAAACGCUUUGUAAAUAAAACAAGGCUACUUAACAGUAUUAAUAGUAUGGGACAAUAACUUAAAUGAUUUGAUUUUUAGCUCUUUUAUAUGGACUUAUUGUAAAAGCAAUGUCUAAUUCUUAAUUUAUGAAAGGUUAUGGUUAAAAAUGUAAUUUUUAUGGUUUAAACCAUGUAUUUCUUUCAAUUGUGUUAAAUCAGUAGACUAUAUACAAAGUUUUUUUUCCUUAAAAAUAAUGAACCAAUUAAACGUUUAAUAGGAUUUCUGGUAAAAUUAUAUUCUACAUGCAUGAUAAAGAAACAUUUAGUAAGGAUUUGUUUUACAUUUCCAAAUGUAUUUUCUAAAAACUGAGGAUUUUUUUUUUUUAAUCAGACAUUCAGAAAUACCUUAAGUGUGUUUUUAGACUCAAAACUAUUAAAAUGAUUUGGUGUUAGGUGAUUUUCAGUUGAUAGCUUUAUUUCUUAUGGUAUUUUUUUUGUCUUUCUAUAGGGCUGAAAGACACACAGAAGUCUUCAUGGAUAUAGUUGAUACAUUUAAUCAUUUAAUUCCUACUGAACACUUAGAUGAUGCCCUAUUUCUAGGAUCCAACCUGGAGAAUGAAGUCUGUGAGGAUUUUAGUACAAGUCAAAAUGUCUUAGAGGACUCGCUGAAGAACAUGCUCAGCGAUAAGGAUCCUAUGCUAGGAUCUGCAAGUAACCAGUUCUGUUUGCCUGUUUUGGAUAGCAAUGAUCCCAAUUUCCAGAUGCCUUGUUCAACAGAUCCUUUGGUAUUUUGUUACAUGUAUCUCAAAACCCAGACAAACCACUCUAGACCUCUGCUGUCCGUUGUUGGUCUUGACGAUAUUAUGGAUGAAGGAGUUGUUAAAGAAAGUGGCAAUGAUACCAUUGAUGAAGAAGAACUGAUUUUACCUAACAGAAAUUUGAGGGACAAAGUAGAAGACAAUUCAGUAAGAUCACCAAGAAAAUCACCUCGUUUAAUGGCACAAGAACAAGUAAGAAGUUUGCGACAGAGCACUAUUGCCAAGCGUUCAAAUUCAUCACCUUUAAGUAGCACAAAAAAAACAUCUGGGAAGACUGUAUCUGCCCCUAAAGCAGGAGUAAGACAACCAGAAAAGUGUCAGAUUAAAGAAGAAGUUUGUGCAUCACUGAAACCUGAGUACCAUACAGAGAGCAGAAGGAGCAGCCGACAUAUUGGACACAUAGAAGUGGUACCAGAAGAAUCAGUGUCUUCAAGUCAUUCUUCAGUGUCAUCUUGUCUUGAAAUGAAGGAUGAAGCUGAACUAGAUUCUAAGCAUAAGUGUAAUAAUCAGGGAGAAGCAAAUGUGCCAUCUCAUGAAUUAAGUUGUCCACUUCUUUCAGAGACUUGUGUCAGUAUUGAAGAAAAGAAAAAUGACAUUCUGAUGGAAUGUAAAAUCAAGACUGUCAGUAGCCCAUUGUUUAAGUUUUCAGGUAAAGAAGAGCAUGAACAAAAUGAUUCCAUUUCAGAUAAAAUGGAUAGGAUUAUUGUUGAAGAAAUGAGGGCAAAGGGAAAAACUGAACAAGAAUCAAAGGGGACAGUAAAAUUAUCCAGUGAGGGUGACCAAAUUGUUGAGGAGAUUGGAUCUGCUGCUGCGCUUUCUGGUGAUACUGCUUGUACAAAUCCAAAUAAGACAGAAAAGAACCUUGAAGGUUUGUCUACUUCUGUUGGUGAGGCAACUGAAUGUAAUUUGGAAUUGAAGAAUGCCGUGGAAGUUGCUGAUAAAUCUAAGAACUCCAUUCUAGGAAAUAAAAUAGAACCACUGGGUUAUUGUAAAGAUGCAGAGUCUAAUGAUCAGCAGUUGCAAAGUACUGAAUUUAAUAAACCAAACUUAGAGAUUAUUGAUACUGCUGCUUUUGAGCCAGAAAGUAAUAUUUUAGAAAGUGCUAUUUGUGAUGCUCCUGACCAAAAUGCAAAAGAGCAUGUUGAAAGUAUUAAAACGGAGCCCCAUGAUACAGCAAACCUUCAGGACGAUAGAAACAGCCAGUCAAGUAGUGUUUCUUGCUCAGAGACAAAAAACAUGAAAUCCAAACAUACAAAACCUACAGUUCAUUCUAAGCAAAACAUGACAACAGAUACUCCAAAGAAAAUUGUUGGGGCAAAGCAUGAAGUAAUGCAUAACAAAAACAAAGUUAAUGUUAAAAGUGUGAAACGAAAUGCUAAUGAAUCAGAAUCUCAGCAGAAUUUUCAUAGGCCUGUCAAAGUGAGAAAAAAACAAGUUGAUAAAGAUUUAAAGAUUCAGAGUAGCAAUUCUGGGGUUAAAUCUGUGAAAAGUCAAGCUCAUUUGGUAUUUAAAAAAACAUCACAGGAUCAAAAUUUAGUGCAGACCUCUAAAUCCUUGACCCAUUCUUUGAGUGAUAAGACUCAUGGUCAUCCUGCUUGCUCUAAAGAACCUCAUCAUCCAUCACAAGCUGGAUAUUUGCUACAUUCCAGCCAGAAGCAGUGCCAUAAGCCCCAGCAGCAGGCUCCCACAAUGAAAACCAAUAGUCAUGUGAAGGAAGAGCUUGAACAUGCAGGUGUAGAGCAUUUUAAGGAGGAGGAUAAACUGAAACUAAAAAAACCUGAGAAGAACCUACAACCCCGCCAAAGAAGAAGCAGCAAAAGUUUUUCUUUGGAUGAGCCACCAUUAUUCAUUCCAGACAACAUAGCUACUGUAAAAAGAGAAGGCUCAGAUCAUGGCUCCUUAUUUGAAAACAAAUAUGUGUGGACUCCCAGCAAGCAGUGUGGUUUUUGCAAAAAACCACAUGGCAACAGGUUUAUGGUUGGCUGUGGGAGAUGUGAUGACUGGUUUCAUGGUGACUGUGUUGGGUUAAGUCUUUCCCAAGCACAACAAAUGGGAGAGGAAGACAAAGAAUAUGUGUGUGUGAAAUGUUGUGCUGAAGAAGAUAAAAAGACUGAAAUAUUAGAUCCAGAUAUUUUGGAAAACCAAGCUAAAGUUGAAAUUCACAGUGAAGAUAAAACAAUGGAGUGUGAAAAGCUUGGGUUAUUAAAACACACACCAACCAAUGAAAAAAACAAAUAUAUAGAUGAUACAGUGAAACACAAGGUCAAAAUUUUGAAACGGGAAUCUGGUGAAGGCAAAAACUCAUCAGAAUGCAGAGAUAGUGAGAUUAAAAAAUGGCAGCUAGCUCCUGUUCGAAAGAUGGGACAACCAGUUUUACCUCGGCGAUCUUCAGAAGAAAAAAGUGAAAAAAUAACAAAGGAGUCUACUACCGUUACUUGCACAGGAGAAAAAGCUUCAAAACUAGGUACUCAUGAAAAGCAAGAGAUAAAAAAGAAGAAAGUUGAUAAAGGGGGAGUGCCUAAUGUGCAUCCAUCUGCUGCUUCUACUUCUAAACCUUCUGCAGAUCAGAUCAGACAGAGUGUCAGACAUUCUCUCAAAGACAUUCUUAUGAAAAGACUUACAGACUCAAAUUUGAAGGUACCAGAGGAAAAGGCUGCAAAAGUUGCCACAAAAAUUGAGAAAGAGCUUUUCUCUUUUUUUCGGGACACAGAUGCUAAAUAUAAGAAUAAAUACAGAAGUUUGAUGUUUAACCUGAAAGACCCUAAAAACAGUAUAUUAUUUAAAAAAGUGCUAAAAGGAGAAGUAACCCCGGAUCAUCUUAUAAGAAUGAGUCCAGAAGAACUAGCUUCUAAAGAGUUAGCUGCUUGGAGACGAAGAGAAAACAGACAUACCAUAGAGAUGAUUGAGAAAGAGCAGAGAGAAGUUGAAAGACGACCAAUCACAAAAAUAACUCAUAAAGGUGAAAUAGAAAUUGAGAGUGAUGCCCCAAUGAAAGAGCAGGAAGCUGCCAUGGAAAUACAGGAACCUACAGCUAAUAAGUCAUUGGAGAAGAUAGAAGAAUCUGAAAAACAAAAAGAGGAGAUUGACUCAAUGUCUAAGGAUACCACUAGUCAACAUAGACAGCAUCUUUUUGAUCUUAACUGUAAAAUUUGCAUAGGUCGAAUGGCACCACCUGUAGAUGAUCUUUCUCCAAAAAAAGUGAAAGUUGUUGUUGGAGUAUCUCGUAAACAUUCAGACAAUGAAGCAGAAAGUAUAGCAGAUGCAUUGUCUUCAACCUCAAAUAUUUUAGCUUCUGAUUUCUUUGAAGAUGAGAAGCAAGAGUCUCCAAAGUCAACAUUCUCUCCUGUUUCACGUCCUGAGAUGCCCGGAGCUGUUGAAGUUGAGUCUACUUUCCUGGCUCGUUUGAACUUCAUCUGGAAAGGUUUUAUCAACAUGCCUUCUGUGGCAAAAUUUGUUACCAAAGCCUACCCGGUGUCAGGCUCCCCCGAGUACUUGACAGAGGAUCUACCAGAUAGUAUUCAAGUAGGUGGCAGGAUAUCACCUCAGACAGUUUGGGAUUAUGUGGAAAAACUAAAAGCAUCAGGAACCAAGGAAAUUUGUGUGGUUCGCUUCACACCAGUAACUGAAGAAGAUCAAAUUUCUUACACUUUGCUGUUUGCAUACUUCAGUAGCAGAAAGCGCUAUGGAGUAGCGGCCAACAACAUGAAGCAGGUUAAGGAUAUGUACCUGAUUCCUUUGGGUGCCACGGAUAAAAUUCCACACCCUCUUGUGCCUUUUGAUGGACCUGGGCUUGAACUGCAUAGACCUAAUCUACUGUUGGGCUUGAUUAUUCGUCAAAAACUGAAGCGACAGCAUAGUGCUAGUGCUAGCACAGGUCAUGCAGCUGAAGCUCCUGAAAGUGUACCAAUGUCAUUGCCGCCUGAUAAAAAAAGUAAAAUAGAAGUUUCUGCAGAGGAAGCACCAGAGGAAGAAAAUGACUUUUUUAAUUCUUUUACAACUGUAUUACACAAGCAGAGAAAUAAGCCUCAGCAGACUCUUCAGGAAGACCUUCCAGCAGCAGUUGAACCUUUAGUGGAAGUCACCAAACAGGAGCCACCAAAACCUUUAAGAUUUCUUCCUGGGGUAUUGAUUGGCUGGGAAAAUCAGCCUUCUACUCUGGAAUUAGCAAAUAAACCUCUUCCUGUGGACGAUAUACUUCAAAGCCUCUUGGGCUCUACUGGUCAGGUAUACGAACAGGCUCAGCCAGUGAUAGAACAGAAUACUCUUAAAGAAAUUCCGUUUAUAAAUGAGCAGACUAAUCCAAAAGCUGAAAAAAUAGAUAAAAUAGAAGAAGUAGCUGAUGGUGAAGCCAAGGAGGUAAAAGUUAAAGUAGAUAAUCAUUCAGAAGCUACAGGUAAUUCAGUAGCAGUAGAAGAAGAGACGUCUGUACCGGGGUCCUCUUCCAUCUCUCCAGGACUUUUAACAAAUCUUAGUCUCAGAGGUAAACCACCAGAUAUUUCUACAGAAGCAUUCUUAACAAAUUUAUCAAUCCAGUCAAAGCAAGAGGAAACUGGGGACAGUAAAGAGAGGACAUUAAAAAGACAGCUGCUGCAAGAUCAAGAGAAUAAUUCACAAGAUAACUGGACUUCAGAUACUGGUUCUCCAGGCAGGUCUAAUGUAGGAAAAGGAAGCACAGAUGGUAAUAUGAGCUGCAAUGACAGCCUUGUUGCUAACACAAGGUCCCCACAGUUUAUCAACCUGAAAAGGGAUCCCAGGCAAGCAGCAGGACGAAGUCAGCAGAUAAGUACGUCAGAAAGCAAAGAUGGAGAGAAUUGCCGGAAUGGAGAAAAACACGCUCCUCCUGGCCUGUCACAGAACAAGGAGCACUUAACAGAGCAAACCAGUGUAGAUGAAAAGUCAUCUUCUGUAGAGAAAAAUUCAUGUGUUCAGCAGAGUGAUAAUUCAAGUAUUCCACAAAACUCAGCUUCAGAAGAAAAUAUACACACUUUUCAAACAGAACAAGCAAAACCUGUACAGGAGGAUGUUUUAAUGCAAAAUAUCGAAACUGUGCACCUGUUGCGAAGAGGAUCAGCAGUAACAACAUCUCAUUUUGAAGCUGGAAACACAUGUCAACCAGACUUUCCUUCUAAAAGCAUCAACUUUACCUCUAGAAGCACCAGCCCCAGAACAAAUGCAAACUUUUCACCUGUGAGGCCACAGCAACCCAACCUUCAGCAUCUCAAGUCUAGCCCCCCUGCAUUUCCAUUUCCAGGACCUCCUAAUUUCCCCCCACAGAACAUAUUUGGAUUUCCACCACAUUUACCACCCCCAUUACUUCCUCCCCCAGGCUUUGGCUUUCCUCAAAAUCCCAUGGUUCCCUGGCCACCUGUUGUUCAUCUGGCAGGCCAGCCGCAACGUAUGUUGGGCCCCCUUUCACAAGCUUCAAGGUUUAUAGGCCCACAAAAUUUUUACCAGGUUAAAGACAUUCGGAGACCAGAAAGACGUCAUAGUGACCCUUGGGGUAGGCAAGACCAACAGCAGCUGGAUAGGGCAUUUAAUAGGGGCAAAGGGGACCGCCAGAGAUUUUAUAGUGAUUCACACCACUUGAAAAGAGAGCGACAUGAAAAGGAAUGGGAGCAAGAAUCUGAAAGGCAUAGACGCAGAGACAGAACCCAGGACAAGGACAGAGACAGAAAAAGCAAGGAGGAAGGGCACAAAGAUAAAGAGAGGGCACGGUUGUCACAUGGUGAUCGAGGAGCAGAUGCAAAAGCAAGCAGAGAUGGUAGGAAUGUAGACAAGAAGCCAGAUAAACCUAAAAGUGAAGACCAUGAAAAGGACAAAGAACGAGAGAAAAGUAAACAUAGAGAAGGUGAAAAGGACCGGGAUAGGUACCACAAAGAUAGGGACCACACUGACAGAGCUAAAAGCAAAAGGUAAAAUUUGCAGGCUGUUUCAAGAUUACAUUUAAAUAGCUAUUAAAUGUUGUAUCAAAAACUGUAAGAUUGCCUGCUACGAUUGUGCCAUCUUUUAAAUUUUUAAUCUCGGUGGUUUGCAGAAAAAUAAAAUUCUGUGUGUUGGUGCAGAGCAUCUGUACCAGUGCUCAUCAUCCCUUCUUCAUACCAACUGUCUCUAGUUGUAGGAAUUUAAUAUUUUUAAAAGUUUUACAUUGCUGUAUAUUCAAAGAUUUGUUUAAUUAAUAGGCAAUAAAGGCUUAGAAAUUUUAGUUUUAUUCCAUAAUUGAUAAAUAUGGUUAACUAUGGAAUAUAUUUACUGCCUCUAGUGAAUGUCCUUUAUAUAAUGACUAAUUUGAGAGUAGUGUGUGCUCUGUAAGUUUGUUUUAAAUUGCACUGUUUUUUUUAAAAAAAAAAAAAAAC